AUGACCAAGAAGGGUCGACAGUCCAAGGUCGAGAACGACUCCCAAGAUGACGAGAGCUGGCUUCUUCUUCCGGAGCCUGCCCCGGACGCAAUCAUGCAAGAGCUCGACAAGCCGACAAGAGUUCACAUUCCUACUCCCCUUCCUGGCACACGCCUACAUGGGGCUAUGGAACUGAUUCCCAUUGGAGACAUCGUCGACCAGAUGUAUAGUCUCGGAUGUCCUCCCACCAACGAAGAGGUGGUUUCCAACGCGAAACUAUUCAUUCAAGCUGCGGCAGAACUCGAUGCCACAGGGAAGGUCAAGGACGCGGCGGAAGUCAUCCUUGUUGACUUGGCAUAUACGAUCAAAGGUCGCGACACCGGAGCCUUCCCGGUUGGCCAGCAGUACGAGUAUCUUGAGAAGCAGGUCACCUUCCUCGGUACCAUCCUGGAGCACAUUGGCCACCCUCCCAAGACCAUUACCUGUAUCGCAAAGCCUACGACCACGAAGCCCAUCAGAAAGCGAAUGUUUCGAUAG